AUGCUGCCGAUUCUAGUAGUGCUAACAACAAGUUUUGUAAGCAUACUUCCAUUAUGUUUGUUGGCUCAAAAUUCUCCACAAGACUAUCUUAGAGUUCACAAUGUUGAACGUACAAAAGUUGGGGUUAAACCUUUAGUGUGGGAUUCUGAGUUAGAAUCACAUGCUAGCAACUUUUUGAGUAAGCACAUUGAAGAUUGUAUGCAGGUGGAUUAUAUCGACCCUAGUCCGUUUGCGCGGAACAUACUUAUUAGUGGUUCGACAGAAAAUCUUACAGGAGAAGAUGUUGUGGGAUGGUGGGUGGUAGAGAAACAAAAUUAUGACUACGAAUCCAACUCUUGCAUUGAUGGUACUUUUCAAUGUCUUACCUAUACUCAGGUGGUUUCUAAGGCAUCUAUUUAUUUAGGGUGUGCUAGAGCCGAGUGUAACAAUUAUGGAGGCACCAUUGUUAUUUGUUACUAUGAUCCCCCGGGUAACGAUGAUGGUCAACAUCCCUAUUGA